AGUUGAACUGUGACAGUUCUGUCAAAACGUUGGUAAACGUUUGUGUGCAUUUUGAGGUUAAAAUCAUUGAACUCAAUAUUUACGGUAAUUUCACGGUUUUUAAUUCAUAUAUAUUAAUUUAUUUAACUGUAUGAGUAAUGGGUUCUAGUAGUAAAAAGUAUAAGGAUAAAGAAACUAAGAAAAAGCGGCAUAGAAGUAGAAGUUUAUCACAGGAGCAUGAAGCUCCAAAAGAGAAGCGUCACAAGCACAAAAAACAUCAUCACCAUAAGGAAAAGAGGAGAGAUAGGCCCUCGAGGCACUCAGAGUAUGUCAGUGACGGUUCCGAUGUUGAGAUUAUUGAAGAUACUCCAGAACCAAAACACACACCAGAAGCAUCAGGACAAGGUCACGAUAGUUUAUCUAUAGAAGAAACCAAUAAAUUGAGGGCAAAAAUAGGUUUAAAACCCUUAGCUACAGGUGGAGAAGCAAGUUCGUCAAAACGUGAUGAUGGUAAGAAAAAAGAUGAUUUAGGCGAGUUUUACCACAAACCCGCUGUAAAUUUGACACAUCAAAAGAAACAGGAGAAAAUCCGGAAUAGAAUUGCAGAACACAAAGAAAAACGACAUUUACAGAGUAAGUAUUCGAAAGUUAGAACUUUGGGAGAAAGUGACAGUGAGGAAGAUGCUAAUUCAUGGGUUGUUAAAAGCAGAAAGGCUGAUGAAGCAAAAAAAGAGGCGCUAAAAAGGGCCAAAGCGCUGGAAGAGUUAGAUGCUCAGUUUGGUAUAGGUGAAGUCAUUGAAACUGAUCAACGGGAACGUAGACAGAAAAAAUACACUGAUAAAGAUUUGAGAGGGUUACAAGUUGAGCACGAUGUUGACAGUUUUGCUGAUGAACGCACAGUAAUUCUAACCUUAAAAGAUAAAGGUGUGUUGGAUGAGGAUGAUGAAGAUGUUCUUGUCAAUGUUAACAUGUUGGAUGAUGAAAGGUACAAAAAAAGCAUUGAAAAUAAGAAGAAAAAGAUUCUUUACAAUGCUUAUGAAGACCAAGAGUACGACGAAUUCGGAAAUCCCAAAGAAAAAACCUUACUUUCGCAAUAUGAUGAGGAAAUUGAUGGUGCAAAAAAAUCCAGCUUUAAAAUUGGUUCCGAUAACUCAGUAGAAAGAAAACAGUUCAUAGCACAAACAGUUAAGGAAAAAUUAGCUAAAAAAAAACUAGAAACCAUAGCCGAGAAAAAUCUAGUUUUAGCAACGGAAUAUUACAAUGAAGAGGAGUUGGCAAAGUUUAAAAAACCUAAAAAAAAAGUCAGGAAAAUAAGAACAAAAGGAAAAUUAUUGACUGCCGAAGAAUUGGAACAAUCCAAUAACGCUGGCAUCGAAAAAAUUGGCUCUAGAAGACCGAAAUUCAAGAAUGACCCCGAUUUUGAUAUAGAUGAUGUUCCAAAUGUAGAAAUACCGGAAAUUAGUGACAUUAAGAUAGAGGACGAUAAAGAUGAUAUACUGGAAAAGGCUCUCCAUAAAGCGAGAAGAAUCAAACAGAAAGAAAAUGUUAUAGCUGAUAUUAUUAAAAAGACAGAAAUUAAGGAAGAUCCUGACGACAAAGAUAGCGGAAAUAUUAUUUUGAACGCCACUGCGGAGUUUUGCAGAACAUUAGGUGACAUUCCUACGUAUGGUAAAGCUGGCAACCGCGAGGAAACGGAAGAAAUCGACAUAAACGAGUUCCAAGACGACGUCAAAGAAGACGACAGCGACGACGAGGUGCAAAUAAUCGAACCGACGGGUUGGAACUCGGUCGAUCCCGGUCAGCACAUGAUGUCGUCCCGUUCCGCCCCUCAAGAGGUCCAAAUUCUGGACGAGGAGCCGGACGUGAGCACGGGAAUGGGCGCCGCGUUGAAGUUGGCCAUGAGCAAGGGCUACUUGGACAAAGAGAUGAACAACCGGCCCUCAAACUCGCGGUUGGCGCAUCUGCAGGCGCAGCACUACUCCAUCGAGGAUAAAACGCACGGCGAAGAGGGGGAGAGGGGCGGGAGGAGGGAGAGGUACUCCGGACCCAUCACGGACUUCAAGGAGAAGGAAACGUUCAAGCCCAACGUCAAGUUGGAGUACAUCGACGACGACGGCCACAUUUUGAACUCCAAAGAGGCUUUCCGAUAUUUGUCUCAUAAAUUUCACGGCAAAGGCCCGGGUAAAAAUAAGAUCGAGAAGAGGAUCAAGAAAAGCGUUCAGGAGGGGUUGAUGAAGAAAAUGAGUUCCACAGACACACCUUUGGGGACUCUCAGUAUGUUGCAGCAAAAACAGAAAGAGACGCAGUCUGCUUUUGUUGUUUUGUCGGGUAGUAAACAGGGACAAUCGACUUCACUUUCAAAAACACGAAGGUGAGUUUUUUAGUAAUUAUUGCGGAAAAAUUAAUUGCAAUGAAUAUAAUUCUUGUCUUUUUAAUAAAAAUCAAAUUGUCUUUAAAUUGAAUAAAACUAUAAAUCACA